AUGACUGUGAGCUACAACUGUGGCUACAAUCAGCACUAUAGACCAGCUUUGAUCAGCAGGGCGUGGCUGUUUUUCCCCUCACCUUUCAGAGACCUGUCUGAACUGUGUGCUUCAUCUCCAACUGCAGAAAAACCUAAACCUGAACUCACAUCAAGCCAUAAAGGAGCUGCACUGAUAGGAAAUCCAGUGGUUCUGUACUGUAAGCUGGAUCAGUCCGCUGGAUGGAGGUUUUACUGGUCCAAACACACACAGAGCCCUGAGAAUGAGACCAAGACUGAAACACACUCCUACACCAUCAGCUCAGUCAGUGUCUCUGAUGGAGGACAGUACUGGUGCAGAGCUGGGAGAGGAACCCCAGUCUACUACACUCACUACAGUGAUGCUCUCUGGAUAAACGUCACUGAUGGUUCUGUGAUUCUGGACAGUCCUGUCCAUUCUGUGACUGAGGGAGAUCCUCUGACUCUGCGCUGUUUAUAUCGUGACCCAAAGCCCUCAAACCUCACAGCUGAGUUCUAUAAGAAUGGAUCACUCCUCCAGACUCAGACUACAGGAGAGAUGACCAUCCAUACUGUCUCAAAGUCAGAUGAAGGUCUCUACCACUGUAAACACCCAGAGAAAGGAGAGUCUCCACAGAGCUGGAUCUCAGUCAGAGGAGCUUCGUUCUCCGUCUUCAGUCUGCUCAGUAGUUUAAUGGCAGUGUCUCCGUAUCUGCUGGUGACCAUUGUGUUGGGGGUCAAAUGCUACAGAGCUCAAGCAGGCCGGACUACUGCAAUGGUCUCUUUACUGGCCCUCCCAAGUCCACACUCAGACAGCUUCUUCAAAAUGCAGCUGCUAGAGGUCUUAUGAGAACUAAGAGAUCUGAAAACAUUACCUCAAAUCACUGCACU